AUGUUGAACAGGAAUGAGGGAGUUUCGGAGUCAGUCAUACCUCCAAAACAAAGCGGAGAACAAGACAAAUCUUUUGGUGUCAAAAAGCCAUCUGAUGGUGAUAAGGAAACUGAACAACCGUGCAAGACAACCGAACUGAAGGUUAAUCUAGCUGCGGACUUGCCAUGUUUAAAUCCAUACGACUGGAUCAUGCUCAUAUACCUCUUGAUGAAAGAAGAAAAGAAGUAUGAAUCGGUUGUUGAUCAUAUCAAGAGGAUGCUUGUUUCGUACACCCACGAGGUAGCAAAGAUGGAUGUUGAAAUACCCUCGGUGUUGCGAAAGAAACCAACAGUCCUUCCUAAAUCUUCUGUGAAAGACAUUGAGAAGAUGAAGCUCGAAAGAAUUGAAAAGGAAAACUAG